AUGAAAUCGCCGACAGAAAACACGCACACAAACGGAAGAAAAACAUUCAUUGGCUUGUGUUCCACCUCCUGCUUCCUACUGUCUGUCGUUUGCUGUAUCGCACUGUUUCACGUGGAAUUCAGAAUACACGAGCAACAUCGACUCAUAUCACAGUUAGAAACAUUCCGUCAAGAGAUUCAAAGAGAAGUCGCUCAAGUUCAACAAGAUUGCAAAAAAGGGACAGUAACGAAAAGCAACCAUCCCGACAUUUGGCAAAAUACAAAAGGUGGGUGAAAACGAACAGAAAGAGGAUAUAGGUCACUUUUUGCUAAACCAUGGUUUAUCCUUUCACGUGGUUUAACUAGUAAACAUCGUCGGAGAAACCAAGUUUUUCAGUUACCUAUUGGAAUCAACUACAGAAUACAGGGCCAUAUUUUAAGUUUUAAAGAACACAGAAAGGGAUAUAUGUUAGUGGCUCGGUGGCUCGUCAUUCGAGGUUAGCAUCUUAAAGAACGAGAAAGUCAUACCGCAAAAUUCCGAAAAUAAGCCCCGGGGCUUAUAUAUUUCUAAGGCACUUAUUGAGGGGCUUAUCUACGGAGGGAAAUUUGCGUUUCAAAAUCGAUUGGGCUAGCCUUAUACUUGGAAGUAAAUUUACCGUUUUUGCUUUGUUUUACUUUGUAUUUGAGGGCAAUUUUGCAAGUACAAGCCCAAGCCCCGGGGGCUUAUAUUUGGAGGGGCGAUUUAACGGAGGGUUUUUUGCGUUACCGGAUUGGGGGGCUUAUACAUGGAGGGGCUUAAUUUCGGAAUUUUACGGUAUUUUAGUGGCUCGCGGGCUCCGUUCCAACGAAUAUACCUAGAAAAUUGGCCCUGUAUUCUGUAUUCUGUUAUUUAGCUUUUCAAAAAACUGUGCGAGCUUAUAUGUAGUUCCUAUAUUCUAAUAUUAGAACACUACGCACAUUUUUCAAGGUCGCAAAGUUAUAUACAGAGAAAAACGUGAUUCAUCAGAUGCCUCUCAAAACAAAUCGGUUACAAAAGCCUCCGAAGUAAAAAAGCUGAUCAAAAAAGAGCUUCGCCUGUUGCAGAAUAAAAUCUGUGCCAAAGAUGAAAAGCUCUGUCAACCAGGACCAAAAGGUAACACUGGAAGACGGGGAAGACGAGGACCCCAAGGUAUACCGGACCCCAGAGGGAGAUCCGGCCCAGCAGGGCCUCCCGGUAAAAAUGGAUCAAUAGGACCACAGGGACCAAUGGGUAUAAAGGGGGAUCGCGGAUUGCCAGGUCUGCCAGGACCUCCUGGUCCCAGAGGUCCGCCUGGUGAGAAAGGUGCGCCGGGACGAUCCAUCUCAGCUCCCUCCUUGUUACAGCCUCCUGUUGAAACGACAAUCAAUGCAAGUCUGACAGCCAUCUUGAAAUGUACAGCGGCUGGAAAUCCUCCUCCCAAGGUCACAUGGUUUAAGGUGAACUCAACACUUCCUGUCGGACGUCACGUUGUAGACUCCAGUGGCGCUCUGAUUCUUCAGGAUAUUAAACCCGAAGACGAGGGCCAGUACACCUGCAAAGCUGAAAAUUUGAUGGGAACCAUCAACGCCAGCGCACGGCUAACAGUGCAGUGUAAGUUGCAUUAAUUUCCUUCUUCAAGAUUUCAAGACGUUUUUUUAUCUCUCUCUAAUACAUUUUCUGACAUGUUGUAGGAGUAUUCUAACGGACACUUACAGAUAGUCCCUUCUUGCCGUUCUUCAGUUACUUUCGCUGACUUUCAUUUUAAGAUACACAACUCUCUAAAACAAUCGGUCAGCAAUGAUCGCAGCGGUGUGAUGCAGUAUUUUGUUUGCAGAAUAAACAUGUUUUCUACUUCUUGCCCAUUCCACCCUUUAUUGAAUUGUCAUCACUUUACCUGAUCGUAACGUAACGUAAAUGAAAUAUAAAGAAAAACAAUAGUAUAAAGCUAUGCCGGUGAAUUUGAUUCAUUAGUCAUGACCUUUUUAAAGGAACUGCGGAGAAGUCUUAAUCAUGAGGAAACAAGUUUACUUUGAUCUUGAGGGUCACUGUAAGUGUUCUCCUAAAAUAAACCAUUUUCCUUGGCAUUGGCUGCAUACGAUUGGUGAACUACAAAAAAAUUAGCCAUUUAGAAGUCUAAUUUUAAAGAAUGUUCACGUUCGCUUACUGAUAGAGGUGACCGCUGAAUAGGGGUCAAGUUUAAAACAAAUAAAGGGGGCAAAUUUCGAGUAUUUCAUGAGUACUAUUUUUUUGCCGGUGCACGUUGCCGUUGUGCAAAGGUGUCGUAAGAGAAGGUUCGACUAUAUUUGCUAAAAAUUCCACGAUAUUAUAAUAGCAGUGAGUAUUCUGUCACCAGAAUAAAAGCGAUUUAUCUAUUUCUUGCCAGUUGGUCCCCAGAUAUUAUCGUCAUCAAAUCGCCUGAUGGCUGAGCAAAAGCAAAACUUCACCAUCACCUGCACUGCCACUGGUCAGCCUCAACCCAAGAUCACGUGGUCCAAGGUAGGAGGAGAUUUGCCAAAAGGAAGAAGUGAGGUAAUGAAAGACGCUCUGACAAUCUAUCAAGUGACGAGAAACGACGGUGGUAUAUACACGUGUAAAGCAGAUAAUAUCCUGGGAACAGCGACAGAUAUGGCUCAGUUGAUGGUUUUUUCGCCUCUUCGGUUCAAACUUCGACCACCUCAAGAACUGACUCCUAUGGCUGGCUCAACUGUUCGCCUACCUUGUGUAGCCGAGAGUGACCUGAGACUUACCAUAACUUGGACAAAGGAUGGAUCCCUACCUCCUUUUGAAUCAAGAAUUCUUCAAAACAACACUCUAGUUCUAAACAGCAUCAAAAUAUCACAUAAAGGAUCUUACACCUGCAGAGCGAGUAAUCCUUUGUCAACAAUAGAAACCAAAGUAAAAAUCCAUUCUCCAAUUACACUUGCUUCCUGUUCUGAGAUCAGAAAACACGUCAGCAGUGUAAGCGGAAAUUACGACAUUGAUCCAGAUGGCGAGGGGGGUCUGGCACCAUUCACUGUUUAUUGUGAUAUGACAGCUAAAAAUGGAGUUGGGGUGACAGUCAUCAGUCACGACAGUGAAAGCAGAACAUACGUGAAAGGAUAUGAGGCUAAGGGAAGUUACUCGCGUAACAUUCGUUACACAGGAGCGAGUCUUUCUCAGCUGGCAAGUCUCACCAGUGUGUCCUCGAAUUGUGAACAGUUUAUCAAGUAUGAAUGUACAGGUUCCGCUCUCCUUGAAAAUGGCGCCUUUUAUGGCUGGUGGGUGUCACGUGAUUCCGCUAAGAUGACGUACUGGGGAGGAGCAUCUGGCAAUGCUAAGUGCGCAUGCGGGAUGACUAACUCAUGUGCACACGCCAGUUAUGGCUGUAACUGUGAUAACGAAUCCUAUAGAUGGCAUGAGGACAGCGGUCUGCUCACUGACAAGACGACCCUUCCUGUAAAACAACUCAGGUUUGGGGAUACUGGUGACAGCGGAGAACAAGGUUACCACACACUCGGAAAACUAAAGUGCUUUGGAACAGCAUAAAUAGAUGCUAGUUGUUGUGAUUCCAAACUCGAAAAGUAAAACAAAGUAUGUGUAACCUUAAUAGUUCAUAAAGAAACCUGGAGAGAGACUGACAGCCAUCCUUGUUUAACAUGUACAGUGAGUACAAUAGCCCACGUUCGAUAUAUUAAAAUUCUAACAUGACUCCAAGGCUUUAGGGUCAAAAUUGCAAAUUUUUUACGACUCCAUUGUCUCGCAAUUCCCAGAAGAGACUUGAGGGCAAAGAAAACCACACCAAAUAUAGAAAAAUGACAAGAAGGCCUCGGAGUCAUGUUAGAAUUUUAACAUAUCGAACGUGAGCUAUUAAAACCCCGUCGAACAUCCGUAGGUUAGCUCUUCUCGCUUUUUCACUGAUGUUUAUUGUAAACAAACUCUCGUGGUUCAACAUAUUCAUCAAACUCUAAAUUCUUUUCACGAGAAUUAACACCAACCGAAAAUAGGGACAUGGUACUAAUAAUUGUCUUUUUCCCCUUGUACUGAAGUAUCGAUAUGAUUGUUUUAACGUGCUUUGGAAAGUCUUGCAGGUCGUGUUAGAGAGUAAUAAGCAAUAGUUUAAUAAAUGUUUUUACGUAUUCUGAAAAAUCCUGUCACUGUUGUCGACGGUUGCUACUAGGGACUUUAAGAUCCAACGACGCGACGGCAACGAGAACGUCGCUUAAAAAAGGAAUUUGCGUUCUUUCAGUUUAUCGCAGUUAUUCCUACCUACUCACUUUGUCAAAUGUAGGCGAACCCUCCUGGAGUUGAAUGCCUCGGGACCAUAUCCAACAAGUGCAGAAAUAGAAACAAAAUUUCGUCGUUGGUUGUUUACGUACUCCAUAAAACGCGAAAUUAGGCAUUUUUACGUCGUAGUCGUGCAAAGCCGGCAAAGAAAUGUACAAAAAAGCGUGAUGCACGUGCAAAGUUGUUGUUUUGCUUAUUAAACCUAUUGUUUUUUGACGUUCUUGUUGCCGUCCGCGUCGUUGGAUCUUAAAGUCCCUACUAUCUCAUUUGAGACCUUUAAGAGCUGCCACAUCACCCAGGUUUUUAGAAGGUUUAUUUUAACUUAAUUACCUGCAUACAAAACAAUCUCCGGUCAUAAUUCAGGGUUGGUUAUAAAAGCAUAGUUCAAACGGUUAAAACACUUUUAAAUUUGACAAACCCUCCCAUCUAAGCACUGUUUGCUAUUAACAGCGUCAAGAACGCUCACAGCCUAGACUUUUUUUAUCUUCUUAAAAGUAAACACUUCACCAACAGAUUUAAAGGUCUUAUAAAUAACGAUAAAAAGUGUAAAACUUAAGCUCUGUUAAAGCUCCACUUUUUAAGUGUUAUUUAUAAAGUUAAAAUAGUUUGGGAUAAGAAACAAUCUCAAAUUCCAGUGUGCGAAUAUGGUACGUUGGUUGAGCGACACGGGUGGUGUCAAAAUAGACAGAAGAGAAGCUAUAUUUUGAAGAGAAGUUAUAUUUUGUUAAUUUUAAGAUCCUUUGAGGUUUGAAAACAACUUU